AUGGAUUCUAAUAUUAGUCAAACUGAUAUUCUUGUUUCACCUAUUACUAAACUUAGUCUUAUUUUACCAGAAAAAGUUCAUGAAAUGGAACGAAUAGUUUUUUGUCGACAACCGGAUAUUAUAAAUGAAGCACCAGCAUCAUAUGCUCAAGCACGUAUUUGGCUUGAUGAACGAAUUCGUUUUGAUUCAAAAAAUUCAAAAGUUGCCAUAUAUAAUAUGCCAUUUCUUCAUCGACUUUCAUCAGCUGGUACUCUAUCAAUAUCUAAACUUCGUCAAGCUUUACAACAUGUUCUUAUAAAACAUUCUGCUCUUCGUACAUCACUCUAUUUCGAUACAAAUAAAAAUCUAUUAAUGCAAAAGAUUAUUGAUCAUACUGAUAAUAAAGACUUAUUUACAUUUAUUGAAGGUACUUUCGAAACAGAUGAAGAUCUCAAUAAAAUUAUGCAUAAUGAACGUGGUAAUCCAAAUAAUUUUAAUCUAUUAAUUGGUAUUGUUUGUCGAUGUCAUGUUGUUUAUUAUAAAAACAUUUCUCAAAAAGGAAUCAUUUGUGAAAAAGAUGCACUUAUCUUUAAUUUUCAUCAUGCUUUAUUUGAUUUUCCAUCAAUGAAAAUGUUUUGUCAAGAUCUUGAUCAGGCAUAUACAAUGGGUUACUUGGAAACUGAUGAUAAUACAACUUUGCGUUGUCUUGAUUAUGCUGUAGCUGAACAACAAAUGCCGAUGACAGCUGCCAAUGCUUUUUGGCUUGGUGCUCUUCGUGAUUGUGAAAUCGAUCGGCCUUUACAAUUACCAUUUGAUCGACAUCGUGUUUCUGAUGAACAUCGUACAGGUCGUGGAACUUCAAUUUCAUUUCAAUUUGAUAACGAUCUUUCAAAAGCAUUUCUAACUUAUGCAUCAACAUAUAAUAUUAAACUUGAAUAUUUAGCACUUGCUUCUUAUUAUACAUUCUUAUUUAAAUUAGCCAAUAAUGAAAAUGAUAUAUGUGUUGUUAUGAAUAAUCAUGGUCGUUCGAAACCUGAAUUAAUGUCAAUUAUUGGAAUGUUUGUUAAUGCACUUCCAAUGCGAUGUCAAAUUAAUUCUAAUCAUUCAUUGCGUGAAUUUGUAAAAUAUGUACAAACAAUAGCAACACAAACAUUCGAACAUUCUUAUUUUCCUCUUCAACGUAUUCUUGCUCAACAUCCACAUAUUUCUCGUCCUACAUUUCUUGAUGUAUUCUUUGGAUUUGUUUCUUCUCCAACUGAUGAUAAUCAUAAUGAAGUGACAUUAGGAGAUGUUCCUAUUUAUACUAUGCCUUAUUCAAUUCAAAUAAAUACAGAUGAAAUUGCAAGUAAAUUUGAUUUCUAUCUAAGUAUUAUAUAUGAUAAUAUAACUGGUCAAUUAUCAUGUUCAAUCGAGGCAUCUCUUGAUUUAUUCAAUCCAUCAACAACAUAUAAAAUUGGAUAA